AUGGCUUCUACGGGCACCGUCACGCAGCUCUCGAUUCCGCUGCCCCACUCCCUCGACACCCGCAUCCACAUUCACCUCAGCACCAAGGCCAAGGUGGCAACCCUCUUUCUGACCUCAGUGACGCAAGACGAACAGUCGGGGCUAGCGGCACUUGGCUCGUUCGUAUACGCACUACCAAACAGACUUGAGCCGGCUCAGCCCAUCUCAACUGCCAUUUACUCUGUGGAGUCGACGCUGGAGUUCACAACGAGGAUGGCCAAGCUGCUAGCCAAGAGGUCCAACAUGCCCGUUUACGUAGGCUGCUCCAUCAACCUGGGCGGCGCGGCUAUGAGCCUCUCGGUGGAGGAGGAGAUGGAGGCGUUCCGGGCCAUCGUCGACGUCGUCACGGCAAAACUCAAGGGAGAGCCCUUGGUCAACGGUGCUUGA